AUGGAUUUUUUCGACGUACGAAAAUUAACAUCCGGACAACCAAAAGAUCUUGUUGCUGCUGGUGAUGAUUAUUCUGCAGUCGCAUUUCUUCCAGUCGUUAUGAUCGGUGCAGUUGUGCUGGGAAUUUGUGGCGUAUGCCAGUAUAAGAAAUGGAAACAUGAGAAGAAACAGAUUGCUCAUCUCAACGAUUUCUACGAGAUACUCGAAGAAACCAAAUGUCAUGAUCAUCAUGGAAAAAUGGUAGUUUUACAGCAGAAUGGUUCUAAUGAGGUAUGUCUCGAAUUUGAGCGAAUUCGACGUGCGAUGCUCGUGCCACCGCCGGAUUCUUCGCCGUUCUUCCAGCCAUCGCAUAGGACGCGUUCUAUUCGUUACGAUAUUCCACAAAAAGCCACUACAGCUACUGAGGUAAUCUUCCAUUUCACGAAUUUAAAUGCGCAAAGUCGGAAGAUUUCCAUUGAGGACCUAUCAGAUAGUGAAAUUGAGUACAUCGUUUAA